CAUAGAACUCACUCUCCCUUCUUAUAAUUCAGAUCAUGGCUGACAAAAAACAAGAGAGAAAUGCUGUUUGUGGGCAACUCCAGAUAGCUUUUGAUCCUCCCAAGAAACCAAAAAGGAACAAGUAUGCCACUGCUUGUUCUUUUCUAGCUUCCUUAGCAUCCAUCUUGCUUGGUUAUGAUAUAGGAGUGAUGAGUGGAGCCAUCAUCUACAUCAGAAAAGACCUCAACAUCAACGAUGUACAAGUGGAGAUUCUAGCAGGAAUCCUCAAUCUCUAUUCCCUUAUUGGAUCCGCCGCCGCUGGCCGAACUUCCGAUUGGAUAGGCCGCCGGAACACUAUGGUGGUGGCGGCAGUAAUCUUCUUUGUAGGAGCACUCUUAAUGGGUUUCGCUACUAACUAUGCCUUCCUCAUGUUUGGCCGAUUCGUCGCUGGCAUCGGUGUCGGUUACGCGCUCAUGAUUGCUCCGGUUUACACGGCUGAGGUGUCACCGGCGUCUUCUCGGGGUUUCCUCACUUCAUUUCCUGAAGUGUUUAUUAAUGCAGGUAUAUUGCUGGGAUAUGUGUCCAACUUCGCCUUCUCCAAGCUCCCAGCACACUUGAGCUGGCGAUUCAUGUUAGGAAUCGGAGCAGUUCCUUCUGUAUUCUUGGCUGUAAGUGUUCUAGCCAUGCCCGAGUCACCACGUUGGCUCGUCAUGCAAGGUCGACUUUCGGAGGCAAGAACUGUUCUUAAGAAAACCUCCGAAUCACCCGAAGAAGCAGAUUUGAGACUUUCUGAAAUCAAAGAAGCCGCUGGCAUACCCGAAUGCUGCAACGACGACGUUGUGGAAGUCCCAAAACGUUCCAAAGGUGACAGUGUAUGGAGAGAACUAUUCGUUUCUCCUACACCAGCUAUUAAACACAUACUACUUACUGGCCUUGGUAUCCAUUUUUUUCAACAAGCAAGUGGAAUUGACUCUGUUGUUUUGUAUAGUCCAACAAUUUUUGAGAAGGCGGGUAUUAAAUCAGACACGGAUAGGUUACUUGCCACAGUAGCUGUGGGAAUUAUAAAGACAAUAUUUAUUUUAGUAGCCACAUUUUUACUAGACAGAGUUGGACGUAGGCCGUUGCUUCUAACAAGUGUUGGUGGAAUGGUCAUGUCAUUAAUAUUCCUCUCUAUUGGACUUACAGUAAUUGACCACUCAGAUGGCACGGUGUUUUGGGCCAUAGCACUUUGUAUCACAAUGGUAUUGGUUUAUGUUGCACUUUUCUCGAUUGGGGCUGGUCCAAUCACAUGGGUGUAUAGUUCUGAGAUUUUUCCAUUAAGACUCAGGGCAACAGGGUGCGGUUUAGCGGUGGCACUGAACAGGAUUACAAGUGGGGUGGUAUCAAUGACAUUCUUGUCGUUGGAAAAGGCGAUAACGAUCGGAGGGGCGUUCUUUUUGUAUGCAGGACUUGCAGGAUUGGCUUGGGUGUUUUUCUUUACGUUAAUGCCAGAAACGCAGGCGAAAACAUUAGAGGAAACUGAGGAAUUGUUUGGAACUUUCUUCAAGUGGAGGUCAACAUUGCGAGAGCUCAAGGCAAAAGAGGAGAAUAACAACGCCCAGAUUCAGAUGGCUACUGUGCCUGCUGUUGGUAGUUAAAAAAGACGAUGGAAAAUAUUUGGAUAUCGUUUACAUUGGUUUUACUACAGGGGAUUUUCUGUCAACUUAAACUAUUACAAGUUGGAAAACCAUCCUUGUUUCGGUGUUUU